GGUCAGUGCUUUUCCAGAAUGCAGGGAUUAGUGGUUCUUCUAGUUUGCCUCGCUGUGGGCUCCGCCUUUGCUGGCACAGUUGGGGUCUCCAAUGCUGAUCCCUUCGCGCGCGAAGGUCGCAUUGUGGGCGGCGAGGAUACCACAAUCAGAGCGUAUCCCUACCAGGUUUCCCUGCAGACCAAGAGCGGCUCCCACUUCUGUGGUGGUAGCUUGAUCAACGAAGAUACGGUGGUCACUGCGGCCCACUGUCUGGUGGGAAGGAAGAUCUCCAAGGUGUUCGUGCGUCUCGGUUCCACGCUCUACAAUGAGGGUGGAGUUGUGGUUGCUGUCCGGGAGUUGGCCUACAAUGAGGACUACAGCUCGAAGACCAUGGAGUACGACGUGGGCAUACUGAAGCUGGCCGAAAAGGUGAAGGAAACCGAAGACAUUCGAUACAUCGAACUGGCCACGGAAACUCCGCCCACUGGCACCACCGCUGUGGUCACCGGCUGGGGUUCCACGUGCUACUUCUGGUGCAUGACCCUGCCCAAGACGCUCCAGGAGGUCUCCGUCAACAUUGUGGACUGGAAGACCUGCGCCUCGGAUGAGUACAAGUACGGCGAGAUCAUCUACGACAGCAUGGUGUGUGCCUAUGAGAAGAAAAAGGACGCCUGCCAGGGAGAUUCCGGUGGCCCUCUGGCGGUCGGUAACACUCUGGUGGGAAUCGUGUCCUGGGGAUAUGCCUGUGCCUCGAACCUGCUACCCGGUGUCUACUCCGAUGUGGCCGCUUUGCGAAAGUGGAUCGUGAAUGCAACCGAAACUUUGUAGAUAUAUCCUAUAUAUAUAUCCUAUAUACUGUACCGCUUUGCAGGCAUACUUUCGGGGAUUAUGUAGCGAUUCAAAACCAAAAAGCUUCCAGGCCCAUUAAAUUGUUAUUAAGUUUCGUAUGGAUGAUACAUUUAUGAGUCAUUAACGUACAUAUUUGUGGCAAGUUCGGUGAGGGUCUUUCUUUCUUAGCCAAAUCUAUGUGUACCAGUAAAAAUAUCCUUAUACAUGAUUAUAGUACUUAUUUAUAUUUUAAU